AUGAACAAAUACAAGAUAACCAAACAGCUUGGUGAUGGCACCUUUGGUGAUGUUCGCAAGGCAAUCAACAAGCAUACAAUGGAAGUUGUAGCCAUCAAGAGAAUGAAGAAGCAGUAUAAGUCUUGGGAAGAGUGUAUGCAGUUGAGUGAGAUUAAUAUACUUCAGAAGCUCAAUCAUCCAAACAUUGUGAAGUUACUAGAGGUGAUACGUGAGGAGGAUGAACUAUUCUUUGUCUUUGAAUACCUCGACAGCAACCUCUACGAGAAGAUAAAGGAUCGCGAGAAGUAUCUACCCGAGGGCAAGAUAAGGAAUAUAAUAUACCAAAUAUUACAGGCAUUGGCUUAUAUGCAUGACAGUGGCUACUUCCAUAGAGAUAUGAAGCCAGAGAAUAUACUUAUACUUAAUGAUACGAUCAAGAUUGCAGACUUUGGAUUGGCCCGAGAGGUACAGGCCAAGCCACCUUACACUACAUAUGUGUCGACGCGAUGGUACAGAGCACCAGAGGUGCUGUUGCGAGCUCAGACCUACAGCUCACAGAUUGAUAUAUGGGCGGUUGGGGCCAUCAUGGCCGAACUCUACAGUCUGAAACCUCUCUUCCCCGGCUCGAGCGAGAUUGAUCAACUCUUCAAGAUUGGCGAUGUCCUCGGCCCGCCCACCCUGGCCACAUGGAGCGAUGGCAUCAAACUAUCAAACAGCAUGAACUUCAAGUUCCCCAAUCUGGUCCCAACACACUUGUCCACACUGCUACAGAAUGCGAAUGAGGAUGCUAUCGACUUGAUGUAUGGCCUGCUUCAAUAUGAUCCAAUGAAGAGACCGACUGCCGCACAGGCAUUGGCACACAGAUACUUCCAGGUUACGAUACCAGCAUCAAUCUUGUUAAGACCCAAUCAUGUAGAAUACUCAAAGGCCAAACUUGGCCACAACAAAGAACUGGAGAGUGAGCAUCUCUCACCAAAGACACAUCACACUCCAUCUCCAACGACCAUACAUCAUCAUCAACAUCAUCAAUCACCGCAACAUCUUGGACAUGGACAAGGACAUGGACAAAGACGCAAGUCUAAUCCAUAUUUAAGGAAUGCACGAUACACAGCCAAUGCCACUUUGGCAUUGUCACCAUCAAAUGCUCCACUAUUGUUAGUGGACCCUCAACAACAACAACAACAACAACAACAACUGAUGGCACACUCUACACCAAAGUUGGUUAACAAACAGCAACAGCAACAGCAACAGCAACAACAACCUAUUAUUUCAAACAUUGACAACAACAACAAAGCGAUUGGAACCAGUGGCAACAACAAUAAUAUAGCACUGGCAGCAUCACCAUCAAACAGACCACCACCAAAGUAUAGUUCAGCACCUUACAACAACUAUCCUAUAUAUUUACCGCCAGGUGGAAAAUCACUUCCAGGACCAUUUCCACCGCCUCCAUUUAUGGGUGGUGUAGGUUCACAAACACUUUCAAACAACAGUAAUAAUAGUAGCAGUAAUAGUAACAAUAGUAAUAAUAGUAAUAAUAGUAGUAGUAGUAAUAGUGUAGUUAGUACAACAUCAAAACUAUAA